AAGGAGGAACGGCUCGUCUGGUGAGGGUGGGAGGAAGAUCGUGCGUCACAAAGAAAACAAGCCGGAGCAUCUUUUUUUCCCGGAGACAGAGGUCGACCUGUGAGAGGAUUGGAAACGCGCUGUCUCCCCUGUCUGCGCGCCAGUGGCGCAAUCUCCGUGAACGGCUUAGGUGGAGAGGGGCAAACAGCAAGUGCUGCUGGGCCGAACUGCUGCUUUUCGCCUCUGGCAGCCUCUAUCGAUCGGACAAUUCCGCCAUCGAGUUGGCUCGACACGAUUUCAUCUGCUUCUAGGUAAGGAAGGUGCUCCCUGGUAGGGGUUCUGAGGUGAUUCGGACUCGUAUUCGCAUACCGGAGUAUAUGCAAACCUGCCGCGCACGACCCUAUCGCCUUCUGUCUCGCGCACCAGAGUGCCUUUGAGCACGUGCUUUAGAUGGGUUUGCGGAGCGGUAACAGCCCGGCCAACUCGUCGCAGUCGAGAAUAUCGGCAUGGUUUGCGGCUCUCGUGGUGCUCGCCGGGUCCGUGUUCUUGCUGGAGUAUGUCGUGUUUUUCAAUGCCGGCAGGGGCAGAGAGAGUAGUGACAUGGGCAAGGGGCAGCAGGGCACUCCUCCUCAAGCCUGGCGAUUAGCACACCCUCCGACACGCACACAAGAGCCCGAUGCCGUCGCCACCGCUCCGCAAGUGGCGACAAAAGCAGCAGAAGUUCUACCAGUAGCGCCAGCUUCCUCCUCUUCUUCGUUUGGCGUUGAUCCGUCGGAAGAGGAGAAGAAUGGGAUGGUGCGGGCGGAGCCAGCGAGAAGGCUAGCCGUAGUUGUGCCUGCACAUGCGGGGGAUCUUGGCAAAGCUCUUACCUCCCUGGCGACAUGGCCUACGACUUGCCACAGCUCCACCCUGGUGAACGCACACCUGAUUUUGUAUUACGCUGGAGGAGAGGAUGACGACGUCGCGGCCGUGCUACCAGCGCUCGCGCAAACCGGCGGGCGAUGCUUCGCAAACACGAGGCUGGUCCUGGCAAAUUUGAGCCAAGAGGAAAACGUGUACCCGAAGGGCCCAUCGGUGCAGUUCUAUAAGCUUUACCUGGACUCUAACGUUCGUCGCCAAUUAAUCGAGUACGAUGCCUUGGCCAUCAUCGAGUGGGAUGUUAUUGUCGCCCACGACACGAGCUUUGAGAAGCUCUACGCCGCGGCGUUCGGAGGGGUGGAACCCUUCUGGAUCAAGGGGAGCACCCUGGAGGGCGUCAACUUUCACGAGACUGUCGUUCUUCCGGAGAGCCGGCACGUGCUGGGGCACAUCAACGGCAAUGCGAUCUACAACAACACCGACCCGGCCUUCGUUGAGUUCGUCAACUACACGCUCACGCGCUGGGAGUACACCCAGUCGUACGACGUGGCUCUGUGGGCCACGAUCUCGGACUUCCCUUACAGCUGGCCCUUGUGGCAGCGCUUCUCGCGAAAAUUUGUGGCGAUUGAUCUGAUUGCAAACGUUGGGUUUCAGGACAUGGACCAGCAGGCGGUGCUGAAGGCGGUGGCGAGCAACACGCUCUUCAUCCACGGCAGCCUGACGGGAGGGGGCGGGUCGAUGUUCCACGCGAGCGGCGCGAAGGCGGAUUCCUCGCCGGCGCUCCGGUUCCUUGGCAAGAACCGGCCGGGGGAAAGGUGCACGGCAUCCUGCGGGGGGGGGGCUCCGCCGUCCAGCGGCGUCGGCGCGGGGGCGUUGGCCACCGUCUGCGACCGAUCGUGUUACUCCGGUGGUGAGCUCGGGGCGCGGUUCGGCGGCUACCUCUGCGGGGCAGGGGAUAUCAAGGAGUACGGCUCCCACUGCCGGACGUGCUUCACCGACAUGGAGGAGGCGCAGGCGGCGGAGGAGCAGCUGGCCGAGGAGGAGCAAGCCGCAAUGCGGGGGAGAAGCUUCAAGAUGCCCGUGGACAACGAGAAGAGCAGGAGGGUUCUUCGGGCGGACGACGGACCGGAGGGGGCCGCCGGAUGGGUCGAGGGGGGCGAGGGGGGGGAUAGCCGGGCGGUGUUGAGGGGUAACAGAGGCGGGGGCGCGGGAGUGACACGGCGGAUGGAUGCCGUCGACGGCGGCACCGAUGAUGAGAUGGUAGAGAGGAGGCGGCACGUGAUCAUGUGCGACACGCUGAUGCCGCCACCCCCUGCCACGGGCUGCAGCAACAAGUGCCAGAUGAAGACGGAUACGGUUUGUGACCGUAGCUGCGGAACGGGGCGGUACGGAGAUUACAACUGCGGCUGGCGAGGCUACGGUUCGGACUGCCGGUUCUGCUUCAACGACCGCGAGGAAGCCCUGACGGCGAACGCCGUGGCCAAGCGAAGAGGGGGGUCCGUCAUCAUGUGCCACACGUUCGAGCCGCCCACGGAGGAGGACGAGUGGACACCGCCCAUCACGGCGGAGGACGACGAUGGUACAAUCGGCGGCGGCGAUGGCGCUGCUACUGCUGCGGGUGCCGAAGACGCAGCGUCUCCGAAAGUCUUGACGUCGUCGUCCACGGACGACGACACCCCCUACGACCCGGCGAACGAGCCGUACCUCAAGGACAUCACGCGCGGGCAGAUCUGCGCCUUCAUGACCGGCUUCUCGUCUUUCUUGAAGGAGACCGAGGUUACCGUCAAGAGCAUCGUGCAGUUCAUGCCCGGGAUGCGGGUAGCCAUCGCGACCCAAGAUCACGAUGUCUCGGUGUUCAAAAGGUCCCUGGGUAACCUACCAGGAGUCGUGAUCUCGGAAGCGAUCUCGCCCAUCACCCUGGCGCCCCUCCUGGCGGAUCGGCACUGCGGGAAGGGCACCAAGCUGGUGUUCUACAUGAACCCGGGCGAGCUCUUGUCUAGAAAGUUCACGUCUAAGGACACGCACUCGGCUGCAGGCGACCUCCUGGUGGUGUAUGCGGAGGUGGGUCGGGUCGGCGAGGCAAGCGCAAGGCGCGCGCUCGCCACCAUGUCGGUGCUCGGGUUCAGCAGCCCGUCGUUCUCGUUCGGCAUGGAUAUCAUGCUGCCCGUGCACACGAACGGGCAGCUGCGGGAACUGCUGCUCUCGGACCCCGGGGCGACCGGCAAGGGCCUCGACAGGGAGUCGCAGGCGGUGCACGCCCUGGGGAAGUUCUCGGGCGUGUUCGUACCAGAGGUUCUGGCCGCUCUAGCGUACUCCCUCAACGAGCCGGGCCUGUGGUUCAUCAACCCACAGCAGUGGGUGACCCACCACAUGUUCCAGCAGGCUUCGAUCUGGGACAUCCCGCUGGUGAAGCCGCGGUUCGGCUGCGCGUUCGACAUCUCCAUGGCGGCGCAGGGAUACGACGUAGCCGCCGCGCUGGAGACGCAUCUGGGCCACUUCAUGAGCGGGUCCGCCUGCGAGCGGGGCUUCAUCCCCCUGGACCACGCGUCCCUCAAGCCGAAGCCGAACAUCGAGUUCGGGUACCCGACUGGGCGCGAGAUGCCGUCCAUCUCGAAGCUCCGGCUCCGGGUCAGCGUCAUCUUCUGCGUCGGCAGGGGGGUGAGCCCGACCCUCCUGGACGCCUCGAUCCUGAGCGUGGAGGCCAGGUUCCCCGAGGCGGCGGAAGUGGUGGUGGUGUUCACGGAGCCCCCGGCGAAGCGCGCGGCCCUGCGGGAGAUCCUGAAGAUCCGCAGCGAGAGCGCGCCCUUUCCCGUGGAGGCGAUCGAGGAGGACGGGCCGAUCGGGGUGUCGACAGACGGCGGCUGGCCCGGAUGGUCAGGGCUCCGCGCGGACGACUACGCGUCGGGGGACUUCGUCAUGCAGCUGGACGCCGGCGACCUCCUGGUGACCGACGUUACCUACGACAACAUCUUCCACUUCGGGAAGCCCGUGAUCCCGUUCAAAAGGCUUGCGCUGGGGAUUGGCGGCGGCUCAGGCGGCUGGGCUAGCACCGGCUCGCUGACGGACAAGUACAUCGCCUGUGCAAUCGAGUCCGUGAUCGAGAUGGAAGUCGUGCGGGACUUCGCGCUGAUCAGGGGGCUGGUGUACCCGACGUCGGCCUUCACGGAGAUGAGGAUCUUCGCCAGCGAGGUGCACAACGUCGACGUCGACGACCUGGUGGGGCAGGCGCACGGCAGCUGCCGGAGGGUGGUCCGCAACAACGGGGCGCCCGUGGGAGCCUCCGUCCAUCGCGGGACCUUCGAAGCCAGCCUGUUGGGCUCGUUCAUGUGGCGAUUCAUGCCCGAUUCGGUGCAUUGGAGAGCGCUAGACCCCUUGGACGUCCAGCCCGACGAGUGGAUGUCAGACGUGGGCAAGUACAACCUGUUGUGCCCCCUGGGGCACCUCGACGUCCCGAAUGACAAACGAGGGGCGAGAGAAAUGGGAACUAGGCUCAAGGGGAUAGAUUCGAGAGGGGCGUGCGACCAGUUCUUGCGCCAUGUACGUUUGUCCCGUUGAUUUUUUUUUUUGCGUAGAUCCCGGCAGCGGCAGCAGCAGCGGUGGGCAGCAGAAAUGCGAGCUAUAUUUCGUAGUGUUAUCAGAAGUACACGCCAUACACGCCGUGGGUGGAGAUGGAGGCUGUUACCGUAGGGAGAGACCGCUAGUGACGACACAGGGAAAAUAUACAUUUUUUUUUUUCUUUCUCCUGGGGUUGGGUCGGGGAACGCGGCGAAUAUCCUGAGCUUCUCUACAUGGCUUCAUGCCCCGCCCCCUCCCCUCACGCGACCUUGCGCUCGUUUUUGUUGACCGGCCGUCCGUUGCCGCGCAACAGGUCAUCGCUCUUUGUGUGUGCGCGUGUGUUAGUUGCAGCGCGUGCGGUAGUCGUGGUUGGUAACGCAUGUGCCCAGUGCCCUAAACAGAACCCCGCCUUCGUUUGUGCCAUUAAAUGGUGUACGUUUGGUUCAUUUUUCUAGUCUUGGGGAACAAGUUCACUCUCAUGUAUAUGCAGUGCCGGGUCAUGCGCCUUAGCGUGCGCUUGAUGGCCCGCCUUCGUACGCAAUACGAAGCGGGAAAUAUCACCCUCGGUGUGCAUUCGUUGGCCUCUCAGCUUCGAUAGGAAAAGUUAUUUCUGGGUGGUGUCAUUUUUUUUUUUUAUGGUGUGGCUUUUUUUCGGGACGACUUGAAAGCAAGGGAUACAAAAGCAAAGGAUACUUGUUUUUUUUUGUUCUACUGCUGCUGUAUCUAAAGGAAGGGUAGGAGCCGGUGCCGGCGGGGUUGGCGGCACGUCAUACGAGGGUUGUUGGACGCCUGGUCAGUCGGGGGCGCAAAGCGAGGCGGUGGCUGGCGCUCGGAGUGGUUUUCGCUGACGACGUGCGUUGUCGUAGUUGUUGUUGUUGUUGUUGUUGUCGUUGUCGUUGUCGAACACGGUGUGUGUUGUAACGCUGGUACCAGCACUUUCCAUGGUAGGGGGGUUGUCGUGCGUUUCUUCUCUUUUUUUUUUCCUGGGGGGGGGGGGAUUCUUUUUUGUUUGGAUGGUGCUUGCUCGGUGGAGGGAAGAGGAGGGAGAGGCACCAGGAGGGUGGGCGGGCGUGUUCCGCCUCGUGUGGCCCGCUGACCUGCUGUGCUGCUAUUCUGCUGUUUAGUCAGCGCCACCUCUCGGCGUGUGCUACAGUCCGUCGGAUCCCAAAACCAAGAAAGGCAGUGGUUGCUCAAGAUUGGGGGUCCCAAAUCCGGAUGUUCGAUUUUGG